AUGGAACGUGCAACUGGAACAGAGGUUUACGGGUGUGGCUCGCCCCAUUCUACGGACAUAACGCUAAAUAUACAAACGACAACGGGUGGUAAUUUCUCUAUCAGUCUGAACGGUAAAAACACAGUUGAGCAUCUAAAAAAGCUCGUUUCGAAGAAACUUAAAGUGUCAAAGGAUCGAAUAUGUCUUCUGCAUCGAGAAAGACAACUGAGAGAUGGAACUUUAGAAGAAAAUGGUCUCAUGGACGGAUCUCGGGUAAUUUUGCUGCCGAGUGUUGAGACGGGCCUUCUGAGUCAAAGACCCGAAAAUUCAGUGAUGCAAGCAUUGGAAUCUUUAAAUGAUACACAAGUUAAUGAUUUCUUGAGUGGUAAAUCACCCCUUAAUUUAACCAUGCGACUUGGCGACCACAUGAUGUUAAUUCAGUUGCAGCUGUCAACUCUUAACUCAAGUUCAUCUGGAGGAACUCGAACUUUAAGAACAUCAACUCCUACUAAAAAUUCAUCUGUACGUACAAAGUGUGAUUCCAGGGAUAUUCAAAGUCCACAGAUGGCACAGAAAUCUUCACAUUGUGAUGAUUCUACGCUACAUAGUGAUAAGUCAAAACCAGAGAACACAACAAAUAUUUUGCAAAAACAAGAUCUUGAUAUGUUACAGAAUGCUUUUGAAUUAUACCGCACCAUGGCAGAAGAAAAAUUUGCUGAGAAACCUGCAUCAAGUAAAAACAAAGAAGACCAGAUGGAUACCUCAAACUGCACUCUUUCAGAUCUAUCAGAUACAUCUAUAGAGAGUGAGCAGUCUCCAAUUAAAUCUCUGUCUAAUUUGGUCUCUAGUCCAAUUGAUUCCACUUCUGAAAAUAGAGAUGCAACAAUAGCAAAUUCAGUCAAAAAUAGCUUAAUAGACUUGUUAUCUUGUAAUAAAUUAGCUCCUGAGGCCGUUCCAUCUACAAGUGCCAUGAGUGACAAACUCUGCCCUUCAACUUCUCACACUCCAGACAGUUCAAUAAGUGAUGACAGUGAUAAUUUUACAGAUCAAAGUUCAUUUUUAGCUGAGAGUACUAUAGAUGAAUAUCCCAUGGAAAAUUUGUUUAACAGUGCAGUUGACAAAGGCUUGUUUGAUGAACAAGACGAAUCCAUGAUGGACCGGGAGAUAUCAAACCUAGCUACAACAAGUCAUGGAACACAGGAAUCAUCAGCUACAUUACCUUCUUUCCAAAGCUUAAAUGAGCCUUUAAAGAACAAGCGCUUCCAAUAUUUACUUCAUAAAACAUCAAAAUUCAAGCAUCCUAUUGGUCACAAUAAGCAGAAAGCAUUCCUGCAGUCAGUAAAUAAACAUAAGAAAAAAAUUCAACCGAUGAGUCAAACUGAAAUAUAUCCACAACCAUCUACCUCUAGGACAGAACCAUUUAUGAGUGCAAAGAAAUCAGUUCAGGUUGUACAAGAAGAAAUUGUAACCCCAUCCACAUCCAAACAAUCAUUUAAAGCACCAGAUGCUCCUAAGAAACCUCAAAGGUCUUCUCCAACCCCCCCUGUAGAUACAAAAGCCCUUAUAGAAGCAUCCAAGAAUUUGACGCAAAAACUGAAAAAGUUGUCAAAGGAGGUUUUAACCAAUAAAAUUGAUCUCAGAACUGCUGAAGAGUCGGUGCGUACGAAGAUAGGUCCAGGAGCUGUGAUAGAGUCCAUGAAACAUCAUGGCAAAGGAAUAUAUUCUGGGACCUUCUCGGGCACUCUAAAUCCAGCUCUACAAGACAGAUACGGACGACCAAAGAGGGAUAUAUCGACAAUAAUCCACAUAUUGAACGAUUUGCUGUGCGCCGCGCCACCCAUCGCUUUGUCGCAGAAGGAGACGAAACACUCGUGUUCAACAGUCACGUUGGAGGAGCCCAAGUGUCCGAGCUGUCAGCCGUGCUCGUACGGACAGUGCAAUGGACACUCGAGCAAACAAACGUGCGAAAAGAACUGCACCUGCCGACUGAACCCACCCACGACUGAUUGCAAGAAAUGCGAUAUGGCGAAAACUUUAGCCAUGGAAAACUCGAAAACAAAGUGCAAAUUGGAACAACUAAGACUGGUAAUGCAACAGAAGAAACAAAAACGGGAGGCGCGCAAGUUAAAAACUUUACCGUAUACUACACCCCCCAAAACUAUAGCCCCCGACCAAGCGGCCAUUCAGGAGGAAAUAGAAACUGCUGCU